AUGUCGACCGAAGUGGCUGCCUCGGCGGUCAAGAAGGAGGAGCAAGAUGCCGUCGCCUCUUCCUCAAAUUCGACCAACCAUCUUCCUGCGUAUCUGCCAUCGACGACGAGCAAACCUGACGAACUACCGCGCGCAUAUUUGAACGGAACGCAGGACAUGUUGAGCCUGUUUGGACUCAUGCCCAUCUACGACCGAGCCGUGCGUCCGUACAAUCCCGAUACGAUCAAAGUAGAGACCGAAGCUUCUUCAUCCACGAUCGCUCUUGCAGGCAAAGGGCCAUCGGGGACAGCGGCUGCAGCGGGUCCGUCGAGUGCUGUGCAAGCCGGAGCCACAGGAUAUGCUGCAACGGGAGCAGCGACAGCACACUCGGCAACCCAGGGUGCGACGCCGUCCACAAGUCAACAAGGUGUAUCGCAAACGAGCGCGACACCUCGACCAAACACUGGCAGUGGGCCAGCCGCUGCACCCACCACCGGCCUUGCGAGUCAUCCAUCUCACGGAGCGUCUAGCACAGGACGGAUCUCUACACCGGCGCUGCAACUCAACGGUGGACCGCCCACGUUUUCGCUGCACACGGAUUCAUCCGCCAUCUUGGCCGCCUCUCCCGGCCAAAUCGCUGCCGCAGCCUCGGCCGCACCUCCCGCUCGCAAACCAACCAAACCACCUGGAACGUAUGCGCACUACGUCGACGAUCUAGCGGGUCGAGUUCGACCUCCGCGCAAGAGCGCGCGUGCAGCAAAGGAAGCCAAGGGGACAUCGCUGGUAUCCAUCCUGUUCAAACCCGAGUAUACGCCGCAGCGAAUCGUACCUUUCGACAGAGAGACGAUGAAGAGUGCAUUCAGUGUGGAGCCGGGUGUAGUGGAGGAGAUCGACCAGGCCUUGUUGGAACCGGAUGAGGAGGAGACGGUCAAGCCAAAGAAGAAGAAGAAAAAGCUCAAGCAGGAACAGCAGCAGCAGCCGAGAGCGGGCAAUCAGGCGGGUUCGGUUCCUCCGUCGGAUGCGAGGACGCCAUAUCGGAGGUGA